AUGGCUGGAAAAAAGAAAAGAUCUGUUUACAGAAAGUCGAAGAAAGGAAGGCAGUUUACUGGACUUCAAAGAUAUGCUAACAAAACGAAGACACAAGAAAAUGUGCUAAUAAAUGAAGGUGAAUCGUCGAUGACACAACAUCAACCAGUUCAGAGAUUGAUCAACCUUUGGUUUUGAGUGCUUCUAGGAUCAAAUUAAAACGCCGAACUAUUUCAAGCAGUUCAUCGGACAACUCUGAUGGUGGGAUAGACGACCCUGUUGAAGGAUAUAGGCUUGUAAAUGUUGCAAAAUUAGCUUCAGUUCUUUCAACUGAAACACAUGUUUGUGAGGGAGGUAAGAUGACUAACCUGGAUUGUAUAUACUGUUCCCUUGAUUACCAUAAAAAAAUUUCCUUCAUUACUUUUUUCAAUUUGUUUGAUAGUAAAUUUUAUUUCUCCAUGUUUUUCAACCCAAACUUUUCCCAUAUAUAAACAUUACAUUGGCUAGCAAAGUGGACUUACCCACAGCACAAUUAUGUUUUAUAUAUUUAGUAUUUCACACCAGUUUUCAUUUAAUUAUUUCUGUAUUCUAGGCCAUUUGAUUCUGAGUGAAGAUAGCAGUGGAAGAAAUGGUCUUAUGUCUGACCUCACCAUUAAGUGCAACAUAUGCUCUGAGAGUACCAGUUGUGGAACAUCGUUGUCAGUUUCAGAAAGAGGGAAAUCAUAUGAUGUGAACCGACGGGCAGUGUACCAUUCUCUGGAAACAGGAAGUGGUUAUGAAGGGCUUGUAACCUUUUGUAGUAUCAUGAACAUGCCAUGCUUGUCAUUACCAUUUUACCACAAAAUGGUUGAUACAAUUCUUGUGGCCGUGGAAGCAAAAGCCCAGGAAGAAAUGCAACUGGCAGGUUUUAUAUUCUCCGUUAUUCAACUUUUAUAA